UUAAUCUUCCCUUCCGCAAAUUUAUAAAUUAUAUAGAAAACAACGCCUGUCAUUGCCGCGGUGUUUACAUUGUUGCUUACCUAUAUUAUGUGCCAGGGUUGAGUCGAUUUAGACGGAGCGUUAUCCAUCUGCUGCUGUAGCCUCUGCCAUUGUAUCAGAUUUCCUUCUUGAUAGUUCUCAAUGAAUUUGGAGUUUCGCUGUAACCCGAGCUUGUAACUCAGUGAGUCGGUGAAUAAAUGCGAAAGUAUUAGUUAGGGUUUUAGUGAACCUUUUCUUUCAGUCUCCAUCAGCUUCUUUGAGGAAUGAGUCGAUUACAUGGACAAAAACGGAAACAGACAGAUUCAAAUUCUCCUGCUCAAUCUCUGACAGAACAUGAGCGAGUCCUCUAUAAUGUGAUACGAAGCAAACAAGAUAUGGGCAUAUGGACACGAGACAUGAAAAGAGAAACCAACCUUCCAGACAAUGUGGUUAAUAAAUCCCUAAAGGUGCUUCAGGCCAAGAAUUUGAUAAAAGAGGUGGUAAACAUCCAAAACAAGGGGAGGAAGCAUUACAUGGCAAUGGAAUUUGAGCCAUCAAAGGAAAUCACUGGAGGGGCAUGGUAUGUUGAUGGGAACCUUGAUACAGAGUUCAUACAGAUUCUGAAAGAGCAAUGCACAAAGCAAAUAUAUAAGCUGAAAGUUGCUACAUUGGAGGGAGUUACAGAUUCGAUCAGAAGGAGUGGAGUCUUGAAUGUUGAGUUAACAAAGCAGCAAAUUGAAGAGAUUGUGAAGGCAUUAGUUUUGGAUGACGAGAUCAUAGAAGUUAAGAGUAAUGGAAUGGGUGAAUUUGCUUCUAUUCCAGUUGGCAAAAUUUGUUAUAAAUGCAUUCGUAAGGGAAGCAUCGGAGGGGAACCAAAAACUGGGGCAAUGGCAUCUAUUCCAUGUGGAGUUUGUCCACGGAUGCGGCAAUGUACACCUGAUGGCAUCAUCUCCCCUCAAACUUGUGUAUACUAUAGCAAGUGGUUGGAUUUUUAACUUAUUUGUAUUCAGCUAAGAAAAUUUCUGGCAUGGUUUGCAUGUAUAUUUUAUAAUCACCCCAAAGUUUCAUUUUAUGGAUACCAUUAAUAAAGUCUCGAGUGAUUGAAACA